AUGCUGGUUCUGAUAGUAAAUGGUUUGCGAAUACUUACGUUGUCGGAUAUACAAGGAAACUUUGAUGUAUUGACCAAAUUAUAUCAUGAAUAUCAACCAGUUGACUUAAUAAUCCAUACAGGAAAUUUCGGGUUUUGGGAUUUAAACACGAUUCAUGAAUAUAAAGAACUAAAUUAUUUCAAACAAAUAGUGGCCUUUCUGGAUGUUUUGGAGCCAGAAUUGAUUGAACAAUUGAAUAAUUUAAGCAAGAUUAGUAAUGGCGGGAAUGCCGACGAAAUAUCAACAUUUAAAUCCAAGUUGUUGUCUUCGAAAUCGUCAAUUAGUCAGUUUCAGCAAUAUGUAAAUGGGGAAAAAUCGUUUCCUUGCCCUGUGUAUACAAUAUUUGGUCCAUUGGAUGACCCAAAGAUAAUUGAUAAAUUGCAAACAAAACAGAUUAUCAUUCCAAAUUUGAAUCUAAUAGAUCACAAGAAUAAUUAUGAAAUCCAAACCGCACUAAAUGUACCAAACAUUAGAUUAUAUGGUUUAGGAGGAACUCUAAAGAUUCACAGUUUGUUUGACAAUGGCAAUUUGAGUUAUUUGGGAGUGUCCGGUAAAUUGGGUGAAUUAUGGAUAUCAUUAUUACAAAUAGCAGAAUUAUACAUCAGUGUAACAAACUCAAAAUCAUUUACAGACACCACCAAGAAUUUUACUAUUAAUAUAUUUAUCAGUCAUGUUCCUGUUGUCAAAGCACCCUUGUUGGAACAUUUGGCAAUUAUAACACAUGCCGAUUUCACCAUUAGUCAAGGUUUACAUUUCCGAUACCCGGUUAUGGGCAAUGGUAUGAGCUUUGUUGAUAGUAUGGGCGGAUCUGCAGGUUAUGUUGAGAAUUAUCGAUCUAAAUUUUCGAGACUUCGGAUGAUCUUAGGAGAGUUAUGGUUGGUUUUGAAGGAUGAUUUGAUAGAGUUAUUGCUAAACUCAGACUCUAGCGAGAGUCUAAGGAAUCUAAUCGAAUUGGGGUUGAGUUUGUUUGAUAAAAUUCCAGUUUCAGUUACUGAUUCGCUGGAUAAAAUUGUACCCUUGAGUUUAUACCCAGAAGAGAAUCAAGAAUUGAACAAGAAAUUACUUAAAAGAAUUAAUGAUUAUUAUUUCCAAGCAUAUUACAACCUAUGGCAUUUCAAUUUAUGUGACCAUAGUCUGGAUACAGAAAAUAAACACAAUGUAAUGAUAUUCAAACUUGAUAAUAAAGGAAACUUCAACCUCGAUUAUUGUUCCAGUCAAGGGUUUAAUUUUAACUUCAAAUUACAGGAUAAUUAUGGAGAUUCUAAUGGUAAACAUGACGGUAUACAUAAUCGUGAAGACGAUCAAGACGAGUCAUUACGACAAUCACAAUCCUCACAUAAAACGUCUUAUCGGGGGCCAUCCCGUAGAGGAGGAACAGGAAGUAAUACAAGGGGUAGAGGAACUAGAGGAAAUGGACGAGGCUCGUUUUAUAGAGGAAGACGUGGUGGUGGUAGUGGUGGUGGUAGUAGUAAAUCAUCAAGAUAA